UAGUGACGUGCUCAGAAACGACCAAGGAAAUCCCCAAAGCAGGAGUUACGACACAGUGAGCUGUCUGUGUAAAACAGCCUCUACUUCCGGCUUGCGAUACUGAAAACAAGCAGCUGACGUGUGGUUUCACCUUCUUUCACUUCUACAGUAUCAUCCAGCGGGUGGUUUAAAGCGACCUCACAGCGCAGUACAGCACAGACCCCGAGCUCUACCAGGACCCACAGGAGAUAUAUGAAGAGUUCGUGUGAACUGGAUCAGUUAGACGCCGCCGCUGUCAUGUACGGAAGUGCAGGUCUGCCCGAGCUCAUCCCGUCCGCAUGCGCAAUGCGACCCAGUGCCGUCCUGCCCUACAGCCCCGGACCCGGAGCCGGGGAUAGACACGGGGCCCAGCUGUCCUCCAACCCCCGCAGGAUGCACAGAACCCCCAAACUCGGACAGAUCGGACGAUCCAGGAGAGUGGACAUCGAUGAUGAAGACUUGGAUGAUGUCAUGAACAACAACAGAAGCUUCCCACUUUCCAUCAGUGUCUCACCUGUUGCUUAAAAGCAUGCUGGACUGUGCCAAAGCUGCAUCAUGGCCAACAUCAUGAAUCGUUAUUUCUAUUUUCUUGUUGUGAAGUGGGAUUAUUUUAACACAAGUGCACACUCUUUCUCUUUCUACCUACCUAUCUAUCCAUCUCUCUAUCUCUUUCUAUCUCUGGAUUUUUGCUGUCUUUAUCUCAGGACUGCUGACUGUUCAGUGCUUUGAUGUGAUCAUUGCUUGUUCAGCAUUUGUAACUUUAAUCGUGUGGCUGUGACAUUGACUGUGUCAUCAUUACCUCUCUGUUCACACUGCAUUUUGAUACUGAAAUUGAAGAUGAUUUCUAAAGGCACAGGGCUAUAUUCGUUUAAAAAAAAAAAAAAAAAAAAAAAAAAAAGCACUUUAGUGAGCGGACAAAUACCAAAAGUAGGUUUGCUCCACUCUCACAAACAUGUUCUGUGAAAAUCUGUUAACCUGUGACACACACACCUUAGGAUUCACAGUUACCUUGGAAACAGAGGUCUUUUGGCAUGUUUCUGCUCCCGGUCUGUUUAGUAGUUAUUUACAGGGAGUGCUUUUUUCACCUUUGUUCUAAAUGAAUUAUUCUCAAAGAUGGUCUAAAAUAACGGUUAUGCUAAUCUGCUGUUUGUGCAUUAUAAUUGACUUGCAUGGAAUUGCUCGUUGAUUUUCAUUUUGUAUUUGCAAAUUGCAUUUUUGAAAAGAAAUAAUAAAGUAUGCAUGAUUAUCAGA